AUGUCAUCGGAGGAUUGCUGCGCCAACAGCCUAUAAUUGUUCCGGUGAAACUGAUCCCAUGUUCUCAAAGCAGUGGCCGCAGCUGCAGGUCACCCGGGGGCGUUAGGGCAACGUUGCAGCGGACCGUUUCCUUCUAGCCCACAAUUGUGAAUAUACGGUGGCACAAGGCAGCAAUAGUCAGCCAGUUAAGUUUGACCACCGAAAAUGGUUCCAUGUUGUGGUUGAUCGACGGCAGCCUUUCCUGAGUGAUCGCCACUGUCACGCACGGCCAAUCUACUGUUCGCACUGUCUUACGACUGAGCAGUUAACAGAUGGGCAAGACUGGGAUGAGAGGUUGAAGUAUCAGCUGUGACUGAAAUCAAGUGUCACUGUGAACCCUCCUUUAGUUCACUAACAGCUGUAAAACCUAGAGCUGCUGCCAUGCAUUGGUGAACAUGCCUCAGAAUGGUGACAUACGUCUUGUGGUCAGCACUGGUAUGGACAUUCAAAGGGUUACUGUUCACCUGGAGGUUUUUCUGGGUCAGUCCAUACCAUGCAAUAAAAACCUCUCCAAGGGGACCAUAUGGAUCAGGCCGUGGUGAUGCCAGUAGGCUUAAGCACAAGCUUCCCCUCCACAAAAGGCUGUCAGCUGCUGAGGACGAUAUCCAGACUCUGAAGAACCAGCUCAACAGCCAGAGGGAAUUAUGGGAGAAGAGAUUCUACAAACUGCAGAAGAGGCAGCAGGAUCUACGGAACCAGUUGACCUCUGAGGCUUGGCUGAGAAGUGGCAUCUACCUAAAGCAGGAGGGCAUGCAGGUUCCCCGAGAACUGCUGUUCGAGGCUAUGUUGGAGAAUGGACCACAAGGCCAGUUUGUUGAACGGGAUCCAGACUUUCCAAGGACCACACUCAGGAGACACGAGAUGAUGGAAUUUAGGGCCGAACAGAACAGUCAGAUGUCCUCAUCAGCAUGUGACUCCAGACCACCCUCAGCUUUGUCUGUAAACACAAACACCAGUGUCUCUUCCUGGAGAAGUGGGUCUGGCCCCCACCGGGUCUUUGUGCCACACUCCCCCAUGGACCUGCAGGUUGGCCACCGCGUCCGGGUUCUGUUGCCCUCGGGUCGGAUCAGCACCGGCACCCUGCGCUACCUGGGCCCUGUGGAUGACGGCUCCCUGGACUACCACCUUGGAGUGGAACUGGAGCGUGCUGACAAUGGCUCCCAGACUGGAGUCCACCAGGGACAGCACCACUUUGACUGCAUGCCUGGACACGGCGCUUUCGUGACCUUUCAGAAGUUGCUGAUGGCCUGGGAAUGAGAAGCAAGAAUUCCUUGAAAUUCUCCUUGGGG